AUGGUCGCACCCGAAUGGAAGCGGGCAGGAGCGAGCGCCACGACCGCAGCGGCAGUCGGUGCUAAUGACGCGGAAACGUCAGCGACGACCACAGGCAAGGCGAGAGCAGCGCCCGAGAGCGGUGGCCCAGCAAAGAAGCCGCGCAAGGCGAAUACGGUGACGACCUCCACGCCUGAGCGAAGAAGGACAAAGACGUCCACGCACCAAGCGCCCGGCAAACGCUGCGCAGUGCAAGAGCAGUUUACUGUGGGUCCCGCGAUAGUGUGCCCAGCGUCGCGCACGGCCGUGUCGGCGGCAGCCGCCCCAGCUACGAUCCAAGAGGAUGCGUCGGCCGAGACGGACAUUGGCGGCCGUGAAGAGAAGACGAUCAAGCGCUACAACGCACUGAACAAGCGCCUCCUCGCAUGGCUCCAAGAGCGUCAUGCAGCGCUCGUGCACAACAACAGCGUCGUGUUGCCACUCCCAGCAUGCGUCGCCACCAGCUACUUGGACUUCAUCUCCAUCAAGUGCGACAAGCGCGGGACGCCGCUUGAGCCCCGCCAAACAACAUCAGCCUCGCACGUGGGCAAUGCGUCCAGUGCCCUCGUCUACCUCCACAAGGACGCCAAGGUCGAGAUGCCGCCAGAGCUUUGCGCCGCCCUCAAAGCGUUUACCAAAAAGUACACUUCACGCACCAACCGAGAAGAAGGCACCGUGGUCACGCCAGAGGAGCAAGGGUCCUUGUUGAACGGUGUGCAGCAAUCCGCCCAAGCGACGACGAAGACGCACGACCACACGACGGCGCGCUGCCCUCUCACGAUGGCUGCCGAGAGCGGCUCCGAUCCAGAUCUUGCCACGUCAGAGCCAAGUGUGCCGACGUUUUCGUGGGACGGGCGGUCCCACCCGGUGCCAGCCGAUUUUGUGCUGCCACCAUGCACGGUACACCGCCUUUGGUGCAUGUGGUAUGAAGGGAUUCCAGCGAGUGGCAUCGGCCCCUUGCGGAAGCUGCGCUCGUUCGACCUGACGAAACUUAGCGACCGGAGCAAGCUCUCAAAAGCUCGCAAGGUGAUCGAAACGGUGGUGUUGGCGGCAGGGCAUUCGCACGAAACCAGCGUCGCGUCCAUGGCACCAAAAGCGCGCGCGUCGGUCUUCAAGCUCGGAUUUCGGCGAACGGCCACAAAGCUCAAGAGGCGACUCGUGUCCCGCUUUGAAUGGGGCGCCCGCCGCGUCAAUGAGAUGCGCUACAUUACGUUUUACGACCUUGUGUUGAAGAGCAAGUCCGCACCGUGA